ACUCGGAUUUUCUCUCCUAAUCUCUCCGAAUUAAUCACCACAGCGCCACCACCAAAUCCCGCCAUGGCCACCUCAAGAAUUCAGCCUCCGCCGCCGCCGCCGCAGUCGAAGCUUAUGGACCUCGAUGUCACCAUCGUCUCCGCAAAGCAUCUCAAAAACGUCAACUGGCGCAACGGGGACCUCAAACCCUACGCCAUCUUCUGGGUUGACCCGGAACGCCGAUUUGCUACCAAACCCGACGACUGUGGAUCAACUCGGCCGGUUUGGAAUGAGCACUUCUCCAUCCCCAUCAACACCCCUCCCUAUGACUCCGUCUUCACUCUCGAGAUUUUUCACUCCAAGCCCUCCGAAACCCCCAAACCGCUUGUGGGUGUUCUUCGAUUUCCGAUCAAGGACCUGGUUGACUCGGACGAGUCAGCCAACUCCAUAAGGACGCUUGAACUUCGACGUCCUUCCGGCCGUCCCAACGGCAAGAUCCGGAUAAAGCUCGCCCUCCGUGAGAGGCCGCCACCGACGCCAGAUUACCAUAUUGCCCCCCAAUCGAGCUAUUAUUACUCCAGUGCCCCUCCCCCUCCCCCUCCUGCGCGCGACUACAGGGGAUUCUCGUCCUCGCCCUACACCACCCAUCCUCCCCCUCCGGCGCCGGCCCCAUCCUCCGCUGCGCCGUACUCGUACGGCGGGUACUCCGACCCAUAUUCUGGGUACUAUGGUUAUUAUUCGCAGCAGCCACCCGUACCGCCGCCUAGGCCGUUCUUCGAUCGACCGUCCAAUUACGGCGUUCCAGGUGGGCCAUCGGCGCCGGUGGAUUACUCGGCGUACGAACACAAGCCAAAGGCUAGUGGGAAGAUGGGUCUCGGCACUGGUUUGGCCGUCGGCGCUGUUGCCGGUGCACUCGGGGGGCUAGCUUUGGAGGAAGGGAUCAAGUACGAGGAGGAGAAGGCUGCAGAUAGAGUGGAAAAUGACUUGGCGGCAAGGGAUGAUUACAGUGAUUAUCAUCGCAGUGAGUAUUGAAGGAAGGAGGAACUGAAUUAUCGGGUUUUGGACUCUGAUGAGAUGAUAAAUUGCAAAUGAUUGGUUGACAGUGUUGGGUUUGUGGCUUUUACUGAAUAUAUAUUUGUACAUAAUCUAUGAUUAUCUAUCUUCUUGUCGGUUAUCCUUUAUUCUUCUAAUGGAUGUUGGAGAAUUUGGGCCUUCUGAGAACCUCUGCAAUGUGCGUGUUUCAUGUUCUAAGAGGAAUGAAUUUGGUUUACUAAAAUUUCCUGCUUUGAUUGUA